CCAGUCCCCAUAACUGAUCUCGCUCUCUCUUUCUCUCUGCUUUCUGAAAUGACUGCUGACGUAAGCUCUCUCGUACGGUUACUAAGUAGGUACAAUGACGAUAGAACCACGGUAAAAGAUUCCGCCCGACAGGGAUCGUCGGUGGCCCUAAUGACCCGUGAUCUCCUCGGAAGCGGCAGUUGUCGAGGAGGAGGAGGAGGCGAUCAGUCGCUGGAGCUUGACCUUGAUCUGAAAGUCCCCAACGGUUGGGAAAAGCGUCUCGACCUAAAGUCAGGGAAAGUGUAUCUGCAACAACAAAACUCAACAACCUUGUCUCAUCAUCGUCGCGCAGAACAAUCCAACCAAACUUUUCGAAAAUUUCAAGAUUUAAAUUUUCCUAGCAAAUCUCCGGUGAGACCAUUGUUAAGCCUCUUCGACGACACAAGCCUUGAACUGAAACUAGUCACCUCUUCAUCAUCAUCGCCAGCGUCAUCAUCGUCUUCUUCUCUCUGCGUAUCAUCAACGAGUUCGAGUUUCCAGAGCGUUUGCACCCUCGACAAGGUGAAGUCUGCUCUUGAGAGGGCGGGGAGAGUUUCAUCCGGGACGUUAAAGAAACGUAAAUCACCAGAAGGGGAGGACGUUUGCGAUCAAACCGCUUCCACCGCCGCUUCGUCUCCCGUGGCGGUUGGAUGUCCUGGGUGCUUGUCGUAUGUGCUGGUGAUGAAGAACGAUCCGAAAUGUCCGAGGUGUCAUUCGUUUGUUGCUUUGCCUGCCGUGAAAAGGCCUAAAAUUGAUCUCAACAUAUGAUGUGUGAAUGUUUCGUUUUUUUUCUUUUGAAGGUUCAAAUUCUGUAAAUCAUAGAUAAACUAGGGGUUUAAUUAAUUGAAAAGAAAAAGAAAGAGAUGGGUGUUAUUGAAAAUGGCUGUGUUAAUCACGUAAUCC